GUAGCGCGCCCACAAAAUUGCCCGUAACUUUGACUGAGAAUAAAGCGUUGAGAAUUAUUUCCACAAUUGUGAAAAUAAUUCUCCUGCGCCAUGUUUAUGUCGUAGAGAUGAUUGGUCCUUGA